AUGACAACUGAAAAGAGUUUAGUGGCAGAGUCUGAGACUCCUAAGCAGCAGCCCCCAAAAGAAGAGGAGGUAGCUGCUGAAACGGGUACACAGGAAUCUUUUGUGGAGAAAGCACCUGAGGGUGAUAAUCAAUCAAAGAAGAAGCUGAAAGCAUCCAAUGGUGACACGCCCACCCGAGAGGACCAGAGUAAAAACAAAGAAUGCAGUUCUGAAAAUCGUGGCUUGUCACGCCUAUUUUCAUCAUUCCUCAAGAGGCCAAAAUCUCAGGUAUCAGAGGAAGAAGCCAACGAGGCAGGGACAAAAGAACUUGGUGAAGAAGGCCAGAAAGAGACUGAUAUAGAAGCUGAUCUCAAUGAAGAGAUUCUGCUGAAAGCCCCAAUAGCAGCUCCUGAACCUGAACUUAGGACUGAUCCAUCUUUAGAUCUUCACUCACUCAGCAGUGCAGAAACUCAGCCUGCUCAAGAGGAUAGGAGAGAAGAUCAGGAUCAAGAUCAAGAUCCAGAGAACAGAGAUCUUGAAAUUAAGAAAGAGAGAGAGCAGGCAGAGUGCUCCAGUACAGGUGGAAAAAAAGAAAACAUCAAGGGGAAGGUAGAAAAAGAAUUAAAGAGUGCCCAAAAAACAGUAAGACGACUCCGGAAUAGCAUGCACUGCAAGAUCACUUUAUUGGAUGAUGCAAUUUUUGAGUGUUCUGUGGAUAAACAUGCCAAAGGACAAGAUCUUCUUAAGAAAGUAUGUGAUCAUCUCAACCUUUUGGAAGAAGACUAUUUUGGACUGGCCAUAUGGGAUACCCCAACAUCUAAGGUAUGGUUAGAUGCUGCCAAAGAGAUCAAAAAACAGGUCCAUGGAGGUCCAUGGAUUUUCACUUUUAAUGUCAAGUUUUAUCCUCCAGACCCAGCACAGUUAACAGAGGAUAUAACAAGGUAUUAUUUGUGUCUCCAGCUAAGAAAAGAUAUUAUUACUGGGCGGCUUCCUUGCUCCUUUGCUACGUUAGCUUUGCUAGGUUCCUACACAAUCCAAUCUGAACUAGGAGACUAUGACAUCGAUCUACAUGGUGCAGAUUACGUCAGUGAAUUUAAGCUGGCCCCAAAUCAGACAAAAGAACUAGAAGACAAGGUCACGGAAUUGCAUAAAACAUACAAAUCUAUGAGUCCAGCUCAAGCUGAUAUGGAAUUUCUUGAGAAUGCUAAAAAGCUGUCUAUGUAUGGAGUUGAUCUUCAUCAAGCCAAGGACUUGGAAGGUGUGGACAUCACACUAGGAGUCUGUUCCAGUGGUCUUCUUGUCUAUAAAGAUAAAUUGAGAAUCAACCGUUUUCCUUGGCCCAAAGUGUUAAAGAUUUCUUACAAGCGCAGCAGCUUUUUUAUCAAGAUCCGGCCUGGCGAGCAUGAACAAUAUGAAAGUACUAUUGGAUUCAAACUUCCUAGUUAUCGGGCAGCUAAGAAAUUAUGGAAAGUCUGUGUUGAGCAUCACACAUUUUUCAGACUAACAUCAACCGAAGCACUUCCCAAGAGUAGAUUCUUGGUGCUGGGAUCUAAAUUUCGCUACAGUGGUCGGACGCAAGCUCAGACCAGGCAAGCUAGUGCUCUGAUAGAUAGACCUGCACCACAGUUUGAACGGACUGCAAGUAAACGUGCUUCUAGAAGCCUUGAUGGUGCUAAACGUGGCUCUCAAAAAAUUCAGUUCAAACCCGUAGAGGAGGAGAAGCAGGAGGAUGUGGUGUUGGUUGGGGUUCCGGAAUCAGAACCUGUGGAACAAUUUCAGGAGAAGCCAGCUAUACAUGUUCUUGACAUAAGCACAAAAAAAGAAGAGGAGAAAGAAGAAAAAUCAGUUGUACAGGAUCUAGAGCCAAAAUCGCUAUUACUUGAAACAAUUCAGGAAGAGUCAGCAGUAGCAGUGGUUACACCUGAUAGAAGCCCACGGCCUACAUCUGCACCAGCUAUUGCUCAGAGCCAUGUUACUGAGCCAACCCCACCAGAUGCAUCUGACAGCAAGGAACCAGCAGUCCUUAAAACUGAAAAGGAAAUAGUAAAAAAAGAAGUAAAACUUGAAGGAACUCUGCAAGAUAAAGCCAAAACAGAACCAGCUGAAGGAUUCCAGGUGGGGAAAACGCAUAUCAAAAUGUCAAUACCCAGCACAAAUGGUGACCAAAAUCAGCAGCGUGCAGAGAAAGAGGAAGACCCGAUAAGAAUGAGGAAGAAAAGAUCAAAGAGACUAGAUGGUGAAAACAUUUAUAUAAGACAUAGCAAUUUAAUGUUGGAGGAUCUAGAUAAAACUCAAGAAGAAAUAAAGAAACAUCAUGCUAACAUCAGUGAACUGAAGAAAAACUUCAUGGAAUCUGUUCCUGAGCCACGGCCAAGUGAAUGGGACAAGCGCCUCUCUACUCAUUCUCCUUUCAGAACACUUAACAUCAAUGGACAGAUUCCCACAGGAGGAGAAGGAAAUGUGCGUGACUGUCUCUUCAAAGAGGAUGCAGAUGAAGUGACAGAGGGGAAAAAUAUUAUCCCUCACUUUGAAUGGGAGGUUCCAAAGCAUUCAUUAGGCUUUAGCGAGAGCCAAAUGUCAACCACACUGGAGUCUACACAAAUUCGUGAAUCAGACUCUUUUUCAAUAAACAGCAAGGAGCAGAAAGAGAAGGGUGCCACUGCUCUUCUUGAGAGCAAGGAAGAUCUAAGGUGUGAAAAGGGAUUUUACUCAAAUAUGGAAAAGGAAGCUGAGGAUUCAAAACAGGCUGAGGUGGAAAUAUCUGUAGUCCCUGUUUCACCUCCAUUGUACCUCCAUGAGCAAGAGGAGGAAGCCUGUGGUGUUGAAGAAAAAAAAUUAACCAGCAAGCCACUUAGAAAGCUAAAUGGAGAAUAUUACAAUCCAAAUGUUGAUAAUGAAUUUCCUGCUCUCAUUCGCUGUUUCCAGCCCCCCCUUGUGAAAACUCAGACAGUUACCAUCUCUGAUGUGUAUAAUACUGCAAAAAGUGAAAUUCCAACUAAAGAAGUUCCAAUUGUCCACACAGAGACCAAGACUAUAACUUAUGAAGCUGCGCAGACUGAUGAUGGCAAUGGGGAUUUAGAUCCUGGAGUUCUCCUAACUGCUCAGACUAUCACUUCAGAAACCACCAGCAGCACUACAACCACACAGAUAACAAAGACUGUAAAAGGUGGAAUUUCAGAAACACGAAUUGAAAAACGAAUUGUCAUCACAGGAGAUACAGACAUUGAUCAUGAUCAAGUUCUUGUUCAGGCCAUCAAAGAAGCUAAAGAGCAACAUCCAGAUAUGUCUGUGACCAAGGUAGUUGUUCAUCAGGAGACUGAGAUUGCAGAAUAAAUAACAAGAACAGCUAUAUCUAGUUUAUAUCAGGUGAUGCCUGCUUUAUUCUCUGAAGGACACGCAAGAUAUACCAGCAGAACUACAAAGAAACUUCGAACACCAUGACCUCAGACUCGCCAGAUUUACUCUGUCACACAUUCUAUCAUUUCUUGUUAGGAAGUUGUGCUUUUUUGAUGUUUACUCGGGAUUCUCUUUAAUACUCUAGGUCCCUUUUCAUUGUUUUUAAUAUUGUGACCGACAGUUUGCCAUAUUUUACAUGUACUGAUGUGCUUUUUUUAAUCAUUUCAUUUUUUUUUCUUGCAUUUCCUUUUCCUAUGCCAUUUUCUGAAUCUAUUAUGCUGUCAGAAGACUACACAGGGCUUAUCAAAAAAUGUUGCCUUUAAAUGUGAUGCUGUUCACCUUUCUGUUCCUCAAGUAGCUUGCAUUCUCUCCUACCUUUUGAAUAAGUUACUGUGUGGCAUAUCAGUGACUUAGAAGUAGCCCUUCUUGUCAGAAAAAUCACCCUGUGCAAAACUGUAAUUUGAUUUGGUUGAUCUAGAAUAUGUCCAGAGUAUCCUAACCACAGCCUACUUUGCCUGUGGAUUUCCUUGGCUUUUGUGGAUAUGUCCGUUUUAGAUGCUUGAACAUAUCCAGAGGUUGUGGUGUUUAUAUAAGUAAUUCAGUAGUUGCCUAGGUUCAGGGACAGUGGAAGUUGCUUUUUAUACUGUGAAUUGUAGAGCUUUUAAAUGAACUGUGAUAAGGCAUUCAACAUCCCUCUGCCCUUUCCUCGCUCCAUCUUUGCUUUGCUUUACAGCCCUUGGUAGGUGUUCCUUGUCAAUCCUAUCUGCCGUUUAGCCCCAUUAAACUAAGAGUUUAAGAGUAAUAGACUCUGAACACAAUUAAGAUUUAUCCUGUUUUUUUUUCUCCAUAGUCAUUUGUAGGUUUGGGUGGAGGGUUUUGUUUUGUUUUUUGUUUGUUUUUUUGUGCUGAGGGGGCAAGAGGCAAAUAGAUUUAAAAUCUUACCUUUUAAAGGAAAGCUAAACUUAGAGCACUGGCAAUGUAUCUGGAUAAGAGGUAUAAUUCCUAUUCAUUCAUUAAAAACAGUUUGGCAUUCUUUCAUGCAGAUAGUUCAAAGGCAUCAGUCAGAAUAGGGUCUUGUUUCCUCAAUUAAAAGUUAUUUGGAGAGUGAAUGUAUUAAUUUCCAUCAGAUAAUGCUUUUUGCAAGACAGUACGUCGUUCUUCUUCAGGGCAAUCCACGGUGCACUGCUGUUGUAUCUCCCUCCCUUGUUUCCUUUUCAUUUAGAAUUCCUUAUGAAAGAACUCUCUUUCUUUCAAAAAAAAAAAAAAUGAAUGGAGGAUGUUGCACUUUGUAAAUUACAUCAUUAGCUUUUUCACUGUUACACUAGAAUGAAAGAGCAGAACCCAUCAUUGGUUACAGUCCUCAGCACCUUAAUACUGCAGGUAUUAUUAUCAGAGAAAGCUAUAUACCACCUAAAUAAUAUAGUCAGAGAAAAAGCAACAAGUAAUUUGUGAAAGGGUGAGUGGGAGUUUUUAAAAGAUAUUGUUGAUUUUACAUUACUUUCAAACAAAAGAUAGGACUACUUUUUUUUCAAAAUACUUCACUUUUCUAAGUGUUGUUGCAACCUGCAUGUCCAGUGAUUAAACUCCAAUUUGGAAUUCCCAUAUCUUUCAAAAAUAGAUAGACCAUUCUUUAUUUGGAUGAUUCUUCUUUCCUGAAAUAUGUCAAGGAAAGAAAGAAACACAUCUACCUUUCCUUAGAAGAAUCUGAUUUCAGUAAAUAAAAGCUUUCAUUUACUAUUUGCCAUAAUGCUACACUAUCAUAUUGCAUGUUCCUUUCCCCCUCAAAUUUGAGUGCAUUUUGAUUAAGAAGUCAAUAUAAGUAUUUUAGGAUUGAAAGAUUUAAAGGUAGUGGUGUGUGAAACAUUUUAAAUUCAGAACAUCCCAUUUUGAGCUUGAAACAAUUUUACAUUCAAAAUGAAGUAUUUAUAACAUUUUGGAAAUGUUUUGAGAUGGAGUGCUGUUGGAUCCGCUUUGCUUUAAUGUGCUCUGGACAUUACAUCAUGUUUCCAGUGAUUGCUGAUUGGUGCCAAAGGGACAUCCACCUGGAAAUAGAUUUUCCCCCCUAAGAGAAUAAAUAUAGGAUUGAGUUGUAGUAGUAUUAAUUAAAGUAAUUGUGAAAGCAGUAGAGUAAGUAAGCUUCCUGACAAUAUUACAUUGAACUGAAAGAAACUCUGAGCACUUAAUGUAUUUAUUACAAAACUAGCUAUUUAUUGUGGAAGACAGCUGAUUGGUACACUUUCACUAGUGCAGAAUCUUAAUAUUUCUGCCGUUUUUACUGCUCUGUUAUUUAAAGCAUAAAGCAGUUUUGAAAGAAUUCCAUUAUUUAUUAUGGAAUUCUAUUAUUAAUGAAACUUGUAUUCCAUAUGUUUUCUGAGGACAUGUUUUGCCCUUUCACCAGCUGUAACUGAGCAUGAUUUUUGUACACUAUGGAUAGCUAGCCAUUGAUGUUUUGUUCUGUUUAGCUGACAUACACAUUUUUGCAUGGAAGGUGAAUCCCUCAUUAAAAUAUACUUACCUUUACAUAAUGAGGGGCAUGCAUUUCAGAUUGCCCCUCUUCCUGGCCCUCUUUCCAUCUAUUGCUCUUCCAUUUUAAGAGUUUUUCUACCCCCUCACCUUUUGACCUCCAUAUCCAUUCAUGCACCAGACCUAAUUUCAGCAAUUCAUUUCUGUGGUGUGCAGCAAAUGACCCCGACUUUCCUUUUCCUGAAUUUCAGCCCAUUUACUAAAAGAAUGUAAUGAAAUCUGCGAUAAGUGGUUGCAUUAGACCGCCAGUCCAAGGUGGGAUGGUGUGUAUGCAUUGUGUAGUUUCUUGCUUCUGUCUGCAACAAUCAGAAGCAAAACAAUGUACAUUUAGCAGUUUGUGUAAGUAUUUGGGAUUAUGUUUUCCUAAAAAUUACUUAGGAAUAUGUCAGCCUCAAGAAAUACUCAAAAUCACAGGACACAUGUGCAUGGAAAACAUGAAAAACUAUUCUGGAAAAUAAAAGGAUAAAGAUUGCAAAUGGGCAACAAGACAGCCAUAUCCCUGAGAGAAAGAAAAGCAAGGGUCAUUCAAAUUUACCUUUUUCUUUUUAUAUAUUCAUUAGCAAGGCAUUUUGAACUCAGAAGUUUAAUAAAAGUCCUGUCCUACUCAUGGCCUGACGCAUGAACCCCACCCUCCUUUGAGUAUGCCUGAAGACAAAAGCAUUAUUCACGUUUUUGCAAAUCAAGCUGCUUUACACGACAUACGUACAUUAUUGUGUUUUUUUCAUUUGUUGUUACUCUGCUUCUGAUUAUUGUAAGGAAACAUAAAAAGCUUCACAAUAUGCAUGCAUACCUACCUACCUACCUUCCUCUGACCGGCAGUCUAAUCCUACCACUCCUGCCAGCUUUUAUUACCUGUUAUCCAUAAACUGUAAAACUAAACUUCACAGCAGUAAAGGCUAAAAGCGUUUAAGCGUCCUCUUAAACUUCAGAGGAAUGUGAACCCUGGGGCUGCUGCCACAUAGCGAUUGUUUUCUUCUAUGAAAUUCCUCCAUGCUUACAGCUUGAAUCCGCUCUCGUUGCUGCGAGGGAGAUUUCUGCUUACCAUCUGAGCUUAUAAAUCGUCACUCCUCCUGGCAGCCUUUGUAACUGAACAAGAGUUGUUGGUUGUCUACUCCUGGCUGCUGAUACCCCAGAAGGGAGCAAUAUUUUAUUUGUAUAGUCAAGCAUGCUGGAGAAAUAAAAAAAGGAGCUAGUAAAUCCUUUUAAAAUGUAUUUCCCAAGCUAACUGAACUUUCCAUAGACGCAAUGAAAACAAUGUAUUUUAGGAUACCAGAGAUAUGUCCUGAACUGUCUGCCAUUGACAAUAGGGAUGUUAAUGUUUUGAGAAGGAAGAGCAUUAGUAGGCUGCUUGUACUCACAGUCUCAGAGCUUAACAGGCCACAGAAUAAAUCUAGCUUCUAGCAUUCUCAUAUUCUGGGGACCAGCACUGCCAUUACUGGAGCAGUAAAUAAAAUAGUCUAUUUAUUUAUAAUGAUGAAAUGACUAUGCUCUCAGUUAUUUCCUUCCCCAUUUAUGAGAUUAUCUAGAAACUGUCUUAACUGUAUAGUAAAUGGAAGUUAUUUAUCUAUGAAUGUGUGUACAGAAGGAAGAGCAGCAGUAUCCAAAUUGAUCAGAUUAGAAGAAAAGACUACAUUUUCACUUGCCAACAAUUAAAGUACAAAUUAACUGUGGGGAUUCGGGAGGGUGGUGGGAGUUCAUAAACUGUGAUUUUUCCAUUUUCAUAUAAGGGGCAGUUUUUAAAAAUGUAUUCUAAUUAUGGGGGGUUGGUUCUCUUUUUUACACAUUAAAUCACACUAUUUCACUGCAGAUAUGAAGGAGCUUUGUAAAAUUUUUUAAGACAAUUGUAUAGAAUAGUUCAUUCUUUUUAAAAAUAGGAACAGAAUAAACAAUUAGUAAAUCUUUAUAGUUUAUGUAGCUGUUAUUUUGGACUUUUGUAGUUAAAGGAAAAUUAGAUGUAGCAUUUAGAUAUGUGUUCAAUCUUGUAUUGCAUUUUUCAAUAAAUUUUCAGGUAAAAAUUA